GAACAAGGCAAAAUAGGUGUGACAUUCAACAUCGGAACGGUGGACAUCAGCGUUAAGGAGGUAAACACGCCGAUAAACGAUGGCAAAUACCAUUUGGUCCGAUUCACCAGGAACGGGGGCAAUGCAACCUUGCAGGUGGACAACUGGCCGGUCAAUGAGCACUUUCCCACAGGCAACAGCGACAUUGAGCGCUAUCAAAUGGCAAAUAAGAAAAUCCCGUUCAAAUAUACCCGGCCAGUAGAAGAUUGGCUUCAGGACAAAGGCCGGCAGUUGACGAUCUUCAACACCCAGGCCACUAUCUCUAUCGGUGGAAACGACCGGAAGCGGCCCUACCAGGGCCAGCUCUCUGGCCUCUACUACAAUGGCCUCAAAGUCCUCAACAUGGCCGCCGAGGGCCACGCUAACAUCAAGGUGAACGGCAGCGUGCGGCUGGUGGGCGACGUCCCCACUAGCCGGGGCGCGGCACGCACCACCACCUCGGUACCGCCAGAGAUGUCCACCACCUUUAUAGAGACUACCACUACCUUGUCUACCACAACCACCCGCAAACAGCGCUCACCACCCACUAUCCAGACGACAGAUGACAUUGUUUCAUCAGCAGAGUGCUCCAGCGACGACGAGGACCUGGAAGAGUGCGACUCCGGACAUGCAGGUGGGAUGAGUGUGUCGAGUUGUGCUUGCUCUGAAACCUGGUCUAUUUCUCCUUAUCUUUCUUUGAGUUGCUACCGAGGAGCUUCUCCUCCCUUAGCAUCAUGUCCCAUGGGAGCUUCAAGUGUAACUUAAAAAAAACGUCCACUUUCCCCUCCCACCCAGAAAAAGUAGCCACAGUAAGCGCAACAGGGUCCUCAGUGUCUGCCAAAAGUUUAAAGAACACUUUUUGGAGACGGGCGAAAGCAGUAAGAAUGCACUUUCUACACCCUCGGCAUGCUCUGCUGUAGGAAGUCCCACUCGGAACUUUUACUGUGUAUAAGUAAAUGCACACAGCUUACUGUCGGGACGUGUUAAAGCUCACGCCUUUCAUCUCUGAAACAAGUUACACUUAGCUAUGGGGCCACUGGUUGCAGACAUGACGACGCGUUGAUACUAAUUUUGUUCUCUCGGCGUUCAGCUGAGAGCAAAACUUUACUCAACAAAGUACGAAAUUAGUAUCAAGCCCCAUGUCGCCCGCACUGAUGCUUCAAAAUGUAUCUGUCCUGUACUUGGUUGAUUUCCUCUUGCUGUGCGUGUGUGCGUCUCUCUUGACAGAGGAUACAUUUUGAGAUUCUUUCGAGAACAAAGAUGCUUUCAGCCUAGAUACUGUGAUAUGUAGCAGACUAACUGCAACAGAGCCUCUUCCUCCCUACUCCUUCUUCUUCUCUUGUUUGUACCUCUGUUUCCUUCGUCGGAGGCUUGCCUUACCUGAAACAUUCUAAUAGAGAACAGAUAUCCUCGAAUUUCUGUGCGCAUCGUCUCUCUUCCCUCCCUCCCUUGACACACACACACACACACAAACACGCACAUAUCACUUUGUGAUUAGAUCAAAGUGAUAAGACACUCACUCAGUGGAAAAUAACAACAGAGCUGGAAAUAAUGCCGCAGAUUUAAAAGGAAUGGUUAUUUUUGAGGCAACUUGGGUUUGGAUGAGUUGAAUAAGCAGCUGUCAAUCACGCUCCUGCCCAGGAGCUGUUGGCACGGAUUCCUAAUAAUGCGGAGCAAAGCAAAGACUGUGAGCUGUAUUGAAACUGGCUCACUAUUUGAAAAGCAGCUCCCCUUAGGCGCUCUGGAAAUCAUUAACAGCUCCGGCUAUUUGAUUGCUUCAGUGUCCUUCAAAAUACCAUCACAGCCGGCUAAUUGACGCUGCGCUAAUCUGGCGAAACACGGCUCAGCUUAACACCGAGCAUAUGUCCACUUUUCACAGCUAAUAAUACGCCACCGCCGUGUUGCCCUUUCACGUCUGCGGUUGCGGACGAUCGAGCGUUUAUUUUGUUCUCAGGGAAAAUCGGGCCUUUCCACUGUGGCUUUAGCGGAUUUAACCAUUUCUCCCCCAGUCUGAGAAAGGAAGUCGUUUAUCGCUCUCUGAUGGCAUUUGUUUUCUUGAAAUUAUGACCACAUUUAGGUCUUAUGGCUUUUUGAUGUGGCAGGGGGAAAAAAAGCCAUUUCCUUGCAGCAUUUUAGGUGCCUUAUCUAGCGUGAGUUGCUUUCGUAAAGGCAGAGAUUAUUGAAAUCGAAUGGGCACGCAGCUCACGUGUUUCAAUUUAUUUAUUUUUGUAUCUCUUCAGACCAUUAAAACCUCAAACCCAAGUAUUCUCAAAAAAAAAAAAGAAAAGUGAAAGUGCAGUCAAGUGAAGCGCAAGAAGCUUUUGCUGAGAGAACACGGUACCCUCCCCUCAUAUAGUGGCAACAUACACACACUUACGCAUACAUACCGUACAUCCCAUCAUGUGGACACAGAAAUUCAUAUCCUCAUUCCUCGCCCCCACCUCCCCCUCCGCUUCCAGUCGUAUGAACAGUUGUAUGACAUGAUGUUGGGUUUCUUUUCCUUUUUUUCUCGUGUGAUGCACAUAUGAACAUCUCUCCUCUGUAUCGAUUUGGACCCAGCUGCUGGGUUUGUGAUUUUGUUUUUCUUUUCUUUCGUUCUUGUCUUCUUUUUUGCUUUCCUUUGGGGCCUGGGAGGGUUGG